UUCAUAUCUCAUUCCUAACUCCUACUCCGCCUCCACAUUCCUACUACUCACUGUUGCCUGCUGGUCAGAGCGUUAAACCAUCUUCCCAGUCCUGCCCCCUACCUCAACCAUGCAAUGAAACGCUCUUCGUCCGCACACGAUUCCCUACCUGCUCGAGGCCGCAGCUUCAUUUCCCUAGCAGCUUCUCCAGUCUCCGCGAUAGACCUAUCCUCCGAGCACGCGAUCUAUACUGGCUCUUGAUAAAGCCCUAGAGCCUCUGCAUAUACCCAUUGGAGCACCCAGCUAGUCUACUAAAGCUUUAUAUAGCUUUAUAUACUAUGGAUUCAGGCGAGCUGCGACAGCGCCGACCGGCCACUACCACGUCAUCGAAGGUUGACGAGGGACAUCCGGCGGGCCCGAUUAAGCAUGGUGGGAGCAAGCAAGGCAUACUCAUGGUCCUGUUUGGCCUGUAUUUUUUCACAUGCAGUCUUCUGAUAUUCUCAACACAAUUGUUGGGCCUCCCACUAUACCUCUGGAACAAAGCAUACUACUACCGGUGGAUGGCAUGGACGAAAGAGCAUUUUGCCCUGGUCCUGAUCUUCAUGACCGAGCUGUGGAGCCCGACCAUCAUGCGAGUGUACGGAGACAAGAGUGUCGAAGGGCAGCUCAAGCAGACUAGCGAUGGGCGAUUGGAGACCACAUUCUCCCCAAGGAUGGUCAUGAUUGCGAACCACCAGAUCUACACUGACUGGAUCUAUUUGUGGUGGAUGGCCUACGCCAAUAAAGUGCACGGCUACAUCUACAUAAUGCUCAAGCGGUCCCUCCAAUUCAUUCCAGUCAUCGGACAAGGCAUGACGCUCUAUGGAUUCGUCUUCAUGGACCGGAAGUGGGCCAACGACGAAAAAAGGAUGAGGCGUCGGCUCGAACAGCUCAACGCUCAAGUCGCACCGGGAAAGACAACCCUGAACCCAAUGUGGUUUCUCAUGUUUCCAGAAGGCACAAACCUGUCGUUCAACGGACGCAACGGCAGCGCCAAGUGGGCAAGUAAAAGCGGCGAGCAGGACUUGAAACACUGUUUGCUCCCACGUUCAAAAGGCUUGUUGUUCACACUCCGUCAGCUCGACAAGUCUGUCGACCACGUGUAUGAUUGUACCAUGGCCUACGAAGGCGUUCCACCAGGUGAAUAUGGUCAAGACGUCUUUACGCUCCGUAGCACAUACUUCGAAGGCCGCCCCCCUAAAUCUGUUUCCCUUCAUUGGCGGCGCUUUCCUAUGUCCUCGAUCCCACUUCAUCCACUCCCGACCGACGACAUCGGCCCCGAUGCCGAAGCGAAGGCCGAGAAGCGAUUUUAUAACUGGCUCAUGGACCGAUGGCGUGAGAAAGACGCGUUGAUGGACAGGUACAUGACGCACGGUAGCUUCAACGCAAACGACGACGGUGACGUCGAGCGGUUCCUGGCCGACCACCCACCGCAGAGUGAGGACGGCUACCAAUUCGAUUUCCCGGCUCAGGACAUGAAAGUCGUCGAGACGGCCGUGAAACCGGCGGCGCCGUAUGAGUUUGUGCAGAUACUACUGCCAGCACUUGCCGUGUCGUUUGUGGUGCAGCGUCUUGUGUACGGCUGGCGAUUGGUAGUGGCGUGGUUGACGCUGAUACAGAUGUUGCGAGAUCUCGAGCAGACGGCCGAGGCGUUGAGACUGGCUGUUGGCGUCGGCGUAUACUAG